AUGCAGACGAAACUCCGAGAGGGAGAAACAACAAAGUGGCGUGUGUACCAAGUUGGUCGCGGAGCGCGACUGAGGCUAGGGGUGGCGCCGAGAGAGAGAGAGGGUGGCGUGGAUGCAGGUCGACGUGUACGCUGCACGGACACAUCCCCCCUAAUGAAUGCACCAGGCAUGUGCGAGGGAUUUUAUGUUCGCCGCCGCCGCCGCCGCCACCACCACCGCCGCCGCCACCCCUCUCGCCCCUGCAGCCUUCGCCGCCACUACCGCCAACCGAGAAUCGGCCGCCACCCCCGUCGCCCAACCUCCGCAAGCACACCCCUCCUCCACCCGAGCCCCGUCCACCCUCCUAUGCCACUCAACCCCUGCCUCCCUUCUUCCUUCUCCCCUAUCCACCUCUUCCUCUUCCGUUCUUCACCCUUCCUCCUUUACGCAUCCCUCUCUCACUCGCCCUCUCUUCCUCUAAUCGUCCCUGUUGCUCCUCGCGCAACCUUGUCUCGCCUUUUCUCUCCGACGAGUGAACAGCGGGCCACCACCCAACCGAGUCGCGUUGAAGCCCGUUUUCGCGCGCGGUACUCAAUGUGUUGCACUCGUCGCAACGCGAGCAGACGCGCGCCGGUCCCCGGGAAGCAGCGUGGGCGGUUUUGCCCGUUUGCUGGAACCCUCCGCUCCUGGGGCUGUGCCCGGUUUUCCCUCCUCCUGCGUGCCUGCGGACGUACCCUGCACCCGCGAUUGAUUCAUGGAAGAGCACUACAAAACCAUUCAAAAAUUGUGUUAUCUGAGAGCAAUUAUGAAAGUCUUUUUACUAUACCAAGUAGUUGUUCGGACUGGUGUAAUGAGCCAUUAGGCUACUAUUGUGAAAAUUGUAAUAUAGCUGGAUGUUCCCAUUGUAUCUUACGUUUACAUCAAAAACAUAAUUACCAGCCAUUAAUACAAAAGAAUCAGGAGUUUGUACAUGACUUUUAUAGUGCCUUCGACCAGGUGUCCCAGAACCUCCAGAGAGUUCAGCAGUCAGAAAAGAUCUUAUAG